CUGCGCCUAUAGCUGCUGGGAGCACAAUAAAGGCGCCUGCAGCUACAGCACUGUGAGCGUCUAAGCGCCAAGCCUCGAGCACUAUGGGAGCGAAAUCAGCGCAGCGCAUCGCCCUCGUCUGCCUCCUCCUGUGCGCGCUGAGCGCUUCUACCAGCGCGCCCGGGGAGCGCGCUCCUCUGGAAGGCGACGAUGACGAUGAUGUGUCUAUGGACACCAGUCUGGCUCAAGAUCAGAUUAAAUACAACAUGCGCAAGUCUGUAGAUCUGGAUGAUGAGGGCUGUUACCUGCAUCCUGGGAAGAGGGAGUGUCUUCGGGAGUGUGGUUUCAACGCUUCAGCCAAAACCAUCCUCAUCAUCCACGGCUGGACGAUAGGAGGUGUGUUUGAGAGCUGGAUGUAUCAGCUGGUGGCAGCCGUGCGGCAGAGGGAGCUGGAAGCCAAUCUGAUCGUGGUAGACUGGCUGGAUUUGGCGCACCAGCUCUACCCAGACGCCGUCAGCCACACACGCCACGUGGGGCUCAGCAUCGCUGCCCUGCUGGACUGGCUGCAGGAUGAGCAGCAGGUCUUGCUGGACAGAGUUCACAUGAUCGGCUACAGUCUUGGCGCCCAUGUCGCCGGAUACGCAGGCAACUUCGUACAAGGAACCGUUGGCAGAAUCACAGGGCUGGACCCCGCUGGGCCCAUGUUCGAGGGCGUGGAGGCCCACAGAAGGCUUUCUCCCGAUGACGCUGACUUUGUGGAUGUGCUUCACACCUACACGCGAGAGGCUCUGGGGGUCAGCAUCGGCAUUCAGCAGCCCAUCGGUGACAUUGACAUCUACCCCAACGGAGGAGACGUCCAGCCAGGCUGCACCCUGGGGGAGGUGCUGUCCACAGCAGCUGCCGGGAACUUCAUGGACGUGAUGAAGUGUGAGCACGAGCGCUCUGUGCACCUGUUCGUGGACUCUCUGUUGAACAGUGAGUACGCAGGCUUUGCCUUCCAGUGCACGGGGCCUGAUCGCUUCAACAAGGGCAUCUGUCUGAGCUGCAGGAAGAACCGCUGCAACAGCGUUGGCUACAGUGCCAGGAAGAUGCGCAAGAAGAGGAACAGCAAGAUGUACCUGAAAACCCGUGCCGACACGCCCUUCGCUGGUUACCACUAUCAGAUGAAGAUGCACAUCUUCAACAGGAAAAUGCCCGGCGACUCGGACCCCACAUUUUACGUCAGGCUGUACGGAUCCCAACAUAACACUGCUGAACUGAGCGUGGACAUCCAAAACGGAGUUGCCGUGAACUUCACCAACACGUUUCUGGUCUUCACGGAGGAGGACAUUGGGGAGCUUCUCAGAAUAUCUCUGAUCUGGGAGAGCCCUAUGCAGUCCUUCUCUGCCGUGUGGAAGCGCAUUAAGACCUCGCUGUGGUCCUGGUCCAGCAAGAUGCCCAAACAGGUCCUGGAGGUUCGGAAGAUCCGUGUCAAAUCUGGAGAAUCGCAGAAGAAGUACACCUUCUGUACGGAAGACCUCUCCCUCAAUGAGAUUUCACCAGGAAAAGAGAUCAGCUUUGUCAAGUGUCGUGAUGGUUGGGAGGUGAAACCCAAAAGGAUUUCCAUGUGAGGAGUGGCACUGUGGUCCACACAGGAGAGACUGAGCACUUUUGUCUGGUGUAAGGAUGACUGUGGUCACAGGGCUCAUUGUGCCCGCUCCCCGGGCUCGGCUCCUGCUACCUCCACAACUGACUCGUCCAGGUGUAUGUGGAGCCGACAGUUUUUACACUGUUACCAGCACUACAGUCCUGGGGUGUCUGAGUGUGUGUUUGUUUGUUUGCUUUUUAUUUAUUUCACUAUGAAGAAUGAAACAGCACUGCUAAACCAGGCAUGUUUACCAGCCAUCUUGGACUAAAGCACAUACUCGUUCUCAUUUUGGUGCUAAUGUUGUGUGUGUGGUUGUGUGUGUGGUUGUGUGUGUGGUUGUGUGUGUGUGUGUGUGGUUGUGGUU